UCUCUCCUUUUCUUCCCUUACACUCGACUUCUUUGCUUUUGACUCGCACCCAUAUUUCUCCCCUCUUUUCAUACCCAAUCCUUUUUGCUCUGGAAAAAGCAGACCCACCACCUGCUGAUGCAUCCCACUAAUCCCUAAAUGACACUAUUAUUUUACACAAAACGCCUAAUGGGUUACUGCAAGAAAGCUUUUUUCUUCCUUUUUUGUGCCUAAAUCUGUGUUUUUAUGGCCUUCAUUCCUCAUUUUUAAAACAAAAACGGGUUUUUGUGAAGUGGGUCUUCCUCCCACCCUGUAUUCCGUGAAAGUUAAAACGUACUCAAGGGAAAAAUAAAAUUUAGUGUUCUUACUUUGUGCCUAAAUCUGUGUUUCCAUGGCCUUAAUUUCCCAUUUUUAGCGAAGUGGGUUUUGUUUACUGAAGGAAGAUUGAAGUUUUUUAGUCAAGAGUGUUUGGGUAAAGAUGAUUCAGUUGUUGUUCUUGGUUUUAUUUGCUGAGGGCAUUGUGGCAUUGCUUCUGAUGGUCAAGAUUGGGCCAUUGAGGGAGCUUGUGAUGAAGGGUCUGGAUCAGGUGAAGAUGGGGAAAGGUCCAGCUACUGUAAAAACUAUUGCUGGUACCAUGUCUGUGAUACUUCUAUCAAGUGUUACAAGCAUUCUUAAGAUCCAGAACAAGGGUGCGAAGCUUGGUACUAUGACUCCCAUGGAUCAGGUCCUAUGGAGGACCCACUUGCUUGAGACUUCACUUAUGGGUUUUUCCCUGUUUCUUGGGUUCCUAAUUGAUCGUAUGCAUCAUUAUCUCCAAAAACUAAAUCGGUUAAGAGGUAAUGCGGGAGCUUCAAAAGAGGAAUUUGAAAAACUUCAGAAAGAACGAGCUCAGCUUAAAGAAAAGGAAGAGCAAGCUUCCAAGGAAAUAAAGCUGCUGCAAGAACAAAUCUCCACUUUAACUCAGGAUUUGAAGAAGCUAAAGUUGGAAGCUGAAGAGAAGGACAAAAAGGUUGAAACUGCUGAAGCUCAUGUAGUCUCACUCCAGAAACAAGCUGCAGACUUACUCCUUGAAUAUGACAGGCUCUUAGAAGACAACCAAAACCUUCAGACCCAAGCUCUAGGAUUCAGGGGUUAAAAUUAAAAGACAUUGUUCAGAGCUUCAUCAAUUCACAUUUUGGGAAUCAGGUUUUGUCAUGGUGAUCAAACAUGUUCUUAGUUGCACCAUAAUCAUCGCAAAAAGCGGGCAGGGGAAGGGGAUGCUUCCCUUCUCCAAUGUUGUUGAAAAUUUUGUAAUAUUCUCGAAUUUAGAAAUUUUAUAUCUCCAUGUGUUGUUCUUUGUUAAGCCCAAGUUUUCCUUUUCUUUUUAGUUUACCAAACUGAUAUAGUGAUUCGAUUGUGAAUGCUGACAAUAUCUGAUGAUUUUUCCUGAAACAGAUGAAAAAUUGUUGGACGUAUUAGAUGUGCCUUCAUAAAGGUAGCUUUUAUUCCAGUCAAUGUAAUAGCAGUUCUACCCUUUUACCAUCUACUGAAACAAUGACCACUGCUGCUCUUAA